AUGGAGUUACAAGACACAUACUCACUCUCUGCUGGUCUCAAAAGGUACCACGAUUCUGGGCAGUUCACGGACCUCACUAUCCGAGUAGCGGGAGAGGAGUUUAAAGUGCAUAGAGUGAUAGUGUGCAGUCAGUCUGAGUAUUUUUCAAGAUUAUAUGAUGGUGACUGGAAAGAAACAGCAAGAAAUGAAGUUGACAUUGAGGAGGCUGAACCUGGUGUUGUUGAAGCAAUGAUUUGCUUCAUGUACAACCGUAACUAUGAUAGUAGUGGAGGGCCUCAAUGUCGCGUCUCCCCCCUGUUUCUGAAUGCGCAGGUGUAUAGCCUGGCUGAACGACUCGGAAUCCCUUGCCUGAUGGAGAAAGCUAAAGAAAUCUUUAAAGACAUUGCAAGUACUUGUUGGGACAUGGAUGACUUUCCUCCAGUGAUUUUAGAGGUUUACACCACGACUCCGGAAACCGAUCGAGGCCUUCGUGACUUGAUAGUCAGGACCUGUAUUGCGAACUUGGAAUCACUUUUGAAGAAGGGGGAAUUUUUGAGCGUGCUGGAAAGCUGUGCUCCCUUUUCAGCUGAUAUUGCCCGGACUCUGGCCAAAAUAUCAACUGUGCAGAGAAAUAUAUACCAAUGCCCGGAUUGUCGCAAUCAAUUUGAAGCCAGUAUUUCCGGCGGUCAAAUUAGUUACUGUGUCCACUGUGGGAGUUGUGAUUCAAAUUGGGAUACCCACAAGGUCAAGUAA